CCAACCCCUCCUCCUCGUGGUGUGGUCUGGGCACCGGCUUUUCCGGUGGCUAACGGGGCACUGGCUUUGUUAAUUUGUUAAUCUAAUCGCGUCCUUUAACACCUCCGGUUAUAAACCCCACAAGUCUCUUUUAAACACUGAUCUGGGGAAAGAUCGUCAGUCGUCAGCCUCACUAAUCCCCUCAUCCUGAGAUGAGAAACCCUUUUUUCUGUUCCUGCUCUAAAGAGUUUGGAUAUUUAUAUUUUCAGUAGUGGAAAGGAAUUUUGUAGAAACUAAACGAAAGAACGUCGAUAGGUUUAUUAAUUUUUCUUGAAGCAACUAGAGGAGAAAGCUCGGGUCGAGUGCACAUACGGAGAAGCUCGCAGCGUGACUAGAGGAUAUGCGAGCGUGUGUAAAGUUUACAUAGCACGGAUAGGAAAGAAAAACGCGAUGCUCGUAAGUGCAUAAUAAUAAAAAGUCUGCGAGGGAAGUACACGGGUCAUUCCGUAUGCAUAUUGCACCGGACCAGGUUGCUGUAUGCAAAGUGCACUUUACGGAAACGUAACCGGCAUCCGGUCGUCCUCAAUUAUACCGAGACGUUUUCCGUCCCGAGUGUCGUUUAAAACGUCUCGCGAAACGAAACGAAACGAUAUCGUCUUGUGAUCCUCUCGUAGAAGUUCGCGUCGAGUUUGAUACUUUUUCAGUCGCGAUUAAAGGCCACGAUUCUUCUAGCGAAAUUUCAAACAACUACCCUCUAGCUGUUGAAUUUUUCACAGGAUUCGCCGACUUGCCCCGUCGGGCAAGUGGUUCAACUUUUUCCCAGCGAGUUCUAAUUGAAAGCUGGAUUUCGUUUCCGAACAGUACCGCGAUUAUAUUUCAGAAGACGUGGCAGGACUUGGUAAUUCCAGUAUGUAGGUCGCGUUGUUUCGCGCUUCUAACAUUCUCCUUGCUCCGGUAUCCGUUAUCGUGCUCCUCUUUCAACAACCAUCCGGUUGGUACUUUCAACUUCUCCUCGCGAAAACUUUCCUCCUCUCUCGCGAAGUAACGUCGCGACGGUGCGGCGUAUUUCGAACGCGUCGUACAGCAAAUCGAAAAGAACAAAUUUCGCAUUUCAACGCAUCAAAUUUGUAGAAACGAGGCCUGCUACUAAAAUCUAAAAUCUUAGCGGUGUUAGGGUAGCUGGCUACAAUUCACCCUGUGCAAUUGACGUCACGCAUCCAGCGUUUCGAAUUAAUGAAGCGGAACCUGCUGGAAGCUUAGUGGCUUGUAGCAUGUUAAUCCCCUCGGGACGUAGCCGAGAAAGGUACAACUGUUCGUUUUCACCUCGUAAUAUAUUUUAUUCGCGCAUUCUAAAUACCCAGUCAGCGAUGCUUGAUCCGUAUAAAAAUCUAGAGCCAAGGGAGGAUCCUCGGUGAUGGGUCGCACGUAAAUCCUGGCCGUCGUUAUCGAGCUACUCAAAUAUUUCCACGGCGAAAUCCUGCCUUUCUCGUCUCCCUUUCGCGUUGCACGUUUUCCCACAGAUUUAUCAACGGUACCGAAUCACGGAUCAGAGUUGUUCGCUGAAAAGAGCGCGAUAAUACGCUGUCAGACGCAGAAGCCAUUCGAAUUUCGAUACAACCGAGCUUUGAAUGCCUCUUUUCAAACCCUUUGUCGGCUUUGUGAAUCGCUCGAAACGGGUAUAUUUAUGCAGCGACUUGAUUUAUCUUAAUAGCGUUUCUAUCGGUAAGUAGUACGGCUCGAUAAUUAUCAUCACCGUUCAUUUGUCACGCUCGACAAAAUCUUCCACGAUCAACGAGCAUCGGGGAUCGUAAAAAAUUCUUAACAGAGUAAAAUGCAUCGAGCAAGAUGCGCAUUCGAUUACAUUCAAUUUCCUUCGGCGAGUUCACCGGUUACCUCUUUUUCCGCUCGACGUAGGUCGAGCAAAAUGCCACCGCGCGUCACUUCAUUUUCUGGCUGACUCGGCUUUUUUCCUCGUCGGUGCAGAAUUAUUCCAACGCGAUUCCCACGAACAAAAGGACGCCCUUUAAUUCCGAAUUGCCGCCACGCCCAAUCAUCCUUCAUUAUCGACUGCUGUCGAUGCUCGAUCCCGUGAAAAUUUCAUCGAAAUUUUCGUUCCCCACGAUUUUCCGUGAAACACUUGAACGGACGUGUUAUACAGCCGGCGACAACGAUAUGACGGCCACUCGUGACGGCGACUGGUAACACGUGCCACUGUUUGACUGAUGUUCGCAAAUCGCCAUUUCGGUGCAUCGAAUACACGUGCUGGCUCCAAGUGAAAUAGCCAACGAUUAGGGUCGAAUCGCGCCUGUUUCGGUACGACAUCAGCGUUUUCUUCAUUUGCGAACGAUGAAAAUUUCCAAAUGAAAGUUAAGCAUAUCUUACAGAUCGUCACAGACGUUCCUGUCACUCGAUCUCUUUUAUUUUUCAGCCUCGUUUGAAAUCAUAAAUAUUUUAGAGGGCACGAUGAAAUUUCAUGGAUUUAUGAAACAUUUAUGAAAUAGAUUUAGGAGAAAUUUAUUAAUAGUAAAAUUUUAUCGCGUAUCCAAUUGACAGACCACUAAGGAAGCUAAAUAACACCACCCCAAAUGCACCUAUUCUCCUCGCAAUGGCAAUAAAAUUAAUUUAAAUUCUUCUUAAGUUCGAAAAAAAUUAAAGCUAAUGCACAGGUCGAACUAUAAAAUAGUCGUUCGCUUUUACGAGGAUCAACGACAUUGUGACACCUCUCUGCAAUCGAAUACUCGCGGAGGAGAUCGAUUUGGUCGUCGUGAAAUACUCGUAAAAGCGAACUCAUCGAUGCAGUAUCGUUCUUUAAAAGGUACGUUUUAUAAGUUCACGUAAACGGAAAGUAUCUUUCGUAAAAGCGGUUUCCUAGAGAAUCCUCGGCACAGUUUCGAAUCAGGUUGCUUUCAAAUUGGCAAAGACAAACGACGACGUGGAUUGCCUUAUUUUCGUGACGAAGGUACGACAUUUGCUCCCGGUGCCAUGGUGUCCCAAGAGGUCCACUAAUUUCAGUCACGUCAUUAACAGUAAGCUUGCUUACAAUUCACCUUUGUUUCUUAAUCGUUGAUUUUUCUUUUCGAGCCAAACAGCUCGCAAAACAACGAAUGCUGUACAUUCUUUUUAUGUUUUUAGUAUUUUAUGGAAGAUUCUAUAGACGCGUAAGAAACAAAGUGAUCGGGUUGAAGAGGUAAAAAAUGAACGUCGAAUGACGACGCUUCGACCCUUAUUCAUUCCGUAACACAACUUUUUUUCUUCGAAAUAUCCCACGGUUUUAUUAUGAUCGUCCUUCAGCAUCGAUCCACUUUUAUUCGACACGGAUCGACUGGUCCCUCGUCUUCUCCCUUUUCUAUCGUCUCCUGAUAGAUUCUUGUAGAAUACGUGUCUCCUGUUCAGCGAUGUUCUUUAAUGCAUUAAAAAUGAGGGAGGGCUGCUGGUUUAACGACCAGAGAAUUUGCGAACAAAGAGAGGAAGAAACAAGCACAAUGGCUAAGGUUUAUAGAAAGAAAGAAGACGAUUUUUAAACAGAAAGUGUUUUCUAUUAAACUGAAAAUUAAACUUUUACAUUCCUGAUAUUUAAUAUUUUGUUAAAUAUCCAUUACGACACCCUCGUAGUUCCAGACUUCUAAAUUACACGUGAUAAAUAAGCAACCCUGUUAACUCGUCUCAAAUUUUCCUCGCGAAAGAAGCAUCCGACACUCGUGAGAGAAAAAUUUGUUAAUCGUUAGGGAAAAUUAGGUUUCAACAAGGCAACGGCUUUAAGUGAAACACGAUUGUUAUUUAUCGGAGGUGAAACAAGAGAGCUCUUAGCUAAAGAGUAGAAUCUUUUCAUUGCUUUAUUUCGAAACUAUCAAUUGGUUGAAUUCUUCGCGAUCUAUCGAUUCGUUUGUAUUUUCCGAAUGCACCAGCGAGAAUCGUUGGUUCGUUAUUCUUUCAUUUUUAUUGUCGAACACUGUUCUACUUUUCGUACAUUGUUUUUCCAUUCCAACUAUUUACACGGCCGGGAAAAAUCGUUUUUUCACCGAGCUCAUUCCUGGAGCCGUUUAAACACGCAUCGUUAAAUAUUUGCGUUUCAUUUAUUGAGGGAAUUAACGUGGCUGCGUGCAUUGAAAUCAGCAAACAGAGAAACGUGUUUGUUCCUAUCGACUAUACAUCAGCAAAUGUUUAGAUAUAAUAAUGAUUUAUUAAUUCUGUACGCGUAUUGCAAUUUUCUUCGACCUUCUAUGUAAUGGCAAUCGAAUGAAUUGCAUAAAAAUUGAAUCGUGAACUUGUAAAAUGAAAUACUCGUCGAGAAAUGUGAUUGGAAUAAUAAAAAUUCCUCUGCAUGCUUUUAAACCUGUUAUCUCUGUGUAAAGCCGGGAACAUAUGCUAUCGAAGGGAUCUUCGGAAGGUGGAUCGUUGUCGCUUAAAGAGGCAGCCUCCCACGCUUCCGCAAACUGACGAGGGGAAGACGGAAGUACCCAUUCAAUUUGCGCUUAACAAAGCCCCUUCUUUCUUCCUAUCUUCCUUUACAGCGCCAGGUAGCUGCGUUCGUUCGUGUAUGAAAACCGAUGGCUUCCCUCUUAAUUCUUUUCCCUUUUCGUCACCCCAUUUUCCAUCUCGCGAAAAUGAGGAACGCACGCGUGAAACCUUUCUCGCUAAUCGAGCAUUCGCCCGUAAUUGGAUCGCGCAAACAUCGGAGAUUUUCCUCUUUUUUUUUUUAAAUUCCAACCUGGGAAUUCUGUUGAUACUUUGUUUGAUGUUACGCGAGAUUGAAGGAUUAAAGGAAUAAUUAAAAGCAGGUCAAGUCGUGGGAGUUAAUCAUGGAAAAUAAUAAUCAUUUCGUCGAUGUUGUUCGAACCGAGGAAAUUCUAAGCUCGAAAAUCUUGCAAAGUUAAAUUAAGGAAACCAAGCAUUCAGACGUUCCAAGAAAUAACUAUUCGCGUUCUUUCCCUGGAGACAGCCGUGGAAUGUUUAAACGGUAGGAAAGAUAGGAGAAAGUAGAAAGCCGGAAAUGCAGAUGGUCAGAAGGCAGAGAUAAGACGGAGGACGUGUAACGCGACUAGUCACGCAAUUAAGACGAAACAAAAGGCUUUCUUCUCACCUUUUGUCGCGCAUGAAAAUAGGCGGGUGUUUCUCUUAAUUCCUUUUUCCUUUAUCUUUGCCUCGCCUCUUCUACGUAUGCAUUCUUCUUCCACCAUACGGACCGUAAUUAACUUUCCGCUUAAUCUUUUGUGCCCGUGCUGCAACGCGCAAUUCAAACUCUUUGUUCGUCGCUUAAAAACGUUCGCGAAUUUCGCGUUCAGCCACAAUUAUGAAGAGAACGUCGAAGCGAAAAAGGGGCGAUGCAAUUUUCUUUCUUUCCUCAAUUUCUACCCUGUGGCGAUUGCCAUGUUGCCAAUGUCUCGCGGAUCCACCUUUCGUUGUUUUGUCUUUUUUAACGAUUUCGAUGCUCUUUGUUUCGUAUUAAAAAGUGUCACACAAGUUGUAAUUAUUUAAAAUUUUAUUUGAAUUGAAUUUUUUGUCUUCUGGUCGAACAGGAAACCUUAGUUUACGAAUUACAAGCCGGUUUCGAAGCUAAAUCUUCUUAAUUGGCAGUAUUAAUUAGGGAAUACGGUGCGUUGGUUUAAUCUGUCAAAAGGCGGCAGAGGCAAACGCGAGCCACGCGCGGAAUUUAUAGUAGGAUAUUAUACUAAAGCAUUGUAAAUUAAUAGCGGCAACAAAACUAUUUGCACACUGAUUAAUGGUGUGAUUCGUAAUGCGCAGAUAACGAUAAUUUCAAAAUGCCCCACGGAAUCGAUGCGCCUGGCUAUUUAAAAUAAUUGCCGUGAUCACGAUACCUAUACGUACCUAUCUACGAUUGAAUUCGAUUUCAAUUCCUUUGGUUUUUAAUAAAAGCUAAAAAUUAUUAAUAGAUAAUAAAAGAAAGACACGACCCAUAACAUUUCGCAUACAGAUACGAUAACCAUUGUUUAACAAUUAAUUCGUGGAGAUCAAAAUCCAGUCUGUUUAAUUCAGUUUUCGACCAUUACGUUAACCAUCAUUUCAAUGCUUCUAUAUUUUUUUUAAACACCGUACCCACGUCGCCAAUUAUCAUAUUUAUAAAACGUCCUGUUCCAUAUUCAGUCGCGUAAAUUGCCAGCAAUCUCUCGUCGUUGGAUUAAUUUUUAACCCAGAUUCCAUUCCCCUCGUAUCGAAACGAGCGUUUCGUUUUAUUUCGUUUAAUCACAUGCUGCAAAAUGCAUAUCGGCCCAGAGACGUGUUACGUUAAAAAUUCGUACCAGCACGCGUUACAGGGUAAAGCUUGGAAAAUCGGGGUCGUGAAAAUUUGGAAAAAUUAUACGAGUAUCUCAUGAUUUUAUGACGAAUUAAAUUCUUCGUUCCACGUAGGAAUUGCUCGAAAAGAAAAUAUUUAACAAAUGUAAUAGAGAAAUCAGGAAAAAUGUGAUUGCCAGUAGUACAAGUCAACCAUACGUCAGACAUGGUCACAAUUUUCCAAAUUUCUCAGUAAUCAUGGUCAAAAUCAGUACCAUUUCCGCAUUGUUCUACUAAAAAUAAACCUUGUAAUCUGUGCCAGAUCAAGGUUAUCUCAAUGUAAACGAGAUCGUCUAGAAUCAUGGUGAAAAUGCAGAAUGCAAUCAUGCACUUGUCAAGUGCACAACGUGUCCCUAUUCGGUGGGAUUCCAUGGUUGCAGGAUGCAGGAAUAUUUCAGGAAUAUUUUAAAGAAAUCUUACUGCUAGAAUUUCAAUAUAAUAAAAGCUCGUCGGUGCAUAUUCCUAUUAUUCGUUACAAGGAAUCGUAAGCUUCGAUUGUCCGAGGAUCAGGGUAGAACCACAAAGCACGAAGUACGAGACCGCAGAGCAUAGAAAUCGGCGUUCCGUAUGCAACACUGCAACGGGUUGCAUGUAAAUCCCCGAGCAGAAUCCGGCGGCUUUCGGGAGAUUAAUAAAAUAUUUCGGUGCAGCCUCGUCUACGAUCGAGCUAGCUAUCUUUGGGUAAUUGAAAUCCAUACGAUUUCACGGGGCAAUAAACGGGGCAAAACAACGGCUCGGAAAAGCUACUAAAAUUCAACGUGACAGAUCGUAAUUGCAUACCCGCGCCGUUUAACUUCUCUUAAUUGAAUUAUAGCGAUGAUCUUUCAUGGUAGAGAUAGCGAGGGAGGGUUUAAAAAAGGGAUUCGUGGCGAGUCGCAAAUCAAGGUAGCAAAUCACAGGGGUGGCAAAUGAAAAGAGAAAAGAAUGCCAUAAUCGCGGGGAAAUGAGAUUAUGGGGCGACUAUGCAUUGCAUUUAACGUCACCACUGUUAGAAUUCGUUAUACUUUUUACUCUGGACGGGGAUGGGUCAGCAAAUUUAACACCCCCUGGUUCCUUUUAAAAUGGAAUUCAAGUAUCGUUGACUCCUGAUUACGGUUUGAAUGCUAACGAAAACUUUCAUAGAUUCCGUAGAACGAAACUGCGAAUUAAAUAUUAAUGAAAUCCCGUUCGGGAAGGAAUUAAUUAUAACGAUCACGUUACGCUCGAAUGUACGGUGAAUUUUAAAAAUAAUUCCAUUACACCGUUGCUCGUAUUUUUUUACCCCGAACACGAAUUUUGCAUCGAGAAAUUCAAUACGUCGAAACGGAACGUGGAAAGACACACGAUGGACGAAGAGAGAGCUUCAUGAAUUUUAAUAAUUGCUCGUCAUCAAUCACACCCGAUUCAAAAUGAAACUGUAUAGAAUAUUCAUAAUUAAUCGGGCAAAAUUAUGAGACGAUUUAUUAAUUAUUUGAAGGCACAUCCAGACUCGUUUAUAGUUGAAAUCGAACGCAGCCUCGGUAGAAUUUACGGUAAACGUUUAUGCUACUUUUUAAAUAUUUCAUUUUGAUAUAAUAUGCAUGAGUAGCAUCCGAUCGAAAUUUUUUUACGAUGAUGCACGUAUGUGAUUCGCCUAGCGUUAUUUAUUUUAAACGAUCGAACAUCCAGAUAAAUAUGUCGGAUUCGCGAUUAGAAAACUAUCGGGGUGAUUGAAUACGAAUAACAAAUUUUUGUAUUUCAAGAAUAUCAAUUGCUAUGGCCCUAUAAUAUUAAAACUGUUUUACGUAAGUCAAGUUUAACGUAAACAUUUUCCCAUAAAUUUCUAACAAUUUCCUUCUACAAAAAACCAUUCACCAAUCGGUCAAUCAAUCAUCACUUCAACGGAAGGUCCUAUCUAGUAGCAUUUAGAGAAAAGGAAGUAAAGUAGAUGAAAUCAGAAAAUCACAAUCCUCGAAUCUACUCGUAAACGUAUGUAGAAUAAAUAAAUAAAUAAUCUUCUGAACAAUCACUCAUGCAAAUCAGGCCUGAUCAGCGUGCAUCAAGUGCCAUUGUGAAGGACGGUAGAAAAAGAAUGAUGUGACAAACGUUUGGCGAGGCCGAAUGUAAACGUCGUAGAUCACAGUCGUCGUGUAAACACCGAGAGGUUAACAAUCGUUUCCGGAAUUCCGUUCAAUGCAAUCAAAGUUAUUUUAAUUUUAUUUUCUAGUCUCCUUUUCUUCUUUAAAUCCUUCGAUUUCAAUUAAUCCUUCACUGAGUAAACGUAACGUUGAAAGAAGCAUAGCUGCCGCGUAUUUCGAGAAGCAAGUUGUUCCGUGGGACGAUAAAAUGCGAAUAUACGAUGAGAAGGAAGUUUUAAAACACGAAACGCGCGAAACAAGAUCGCGUUUCGUUCGAGCGCUGAUAAAAUACGGCAAGCUCUACUGUAAGUAUACGAAGCUGGCGGGUUUCAAAUAUUUCACGGAAUCCGGAACGACGUGGUUCGACAGAACGGUAUGGUUCCUGUUGUACGCGUUCAUGGUGCCCGCUAUGGUUUACACCGUUUAUUAUGGUUAUUUAGAAUUCAUGAAGAAUCCUCUGAUGAUCAGCGUGGAUACGGAAUCCUUUCCCGCGUACAAAUUAAAUUUCCCAGGCGUUUCCAUCUGUUCUAUCAAUCGAAUAAGUCGUCGAUCAGCUGUGAAAAUGGCGAAUGAAAUAUAUAACUCAAACAUCUCUCGUUUAACUUCUGAAGAAAUUCUUGACAUGAUUUUGCAAUUGGGCGACCUUUACGAUUCCGAAUUCAUAACACAGGCACGAUCGUUUCGAACCGAUCAGCUUCUGGCAUAUUUUAACGACGGCUAUUACGACAUCACCAACGUCAUGAAACGACUGACACCACAAUGCUCGGACAUUCUAUCAAGGUGUCGUUUCAACAACCAAGAGAGGAACUGCUCAGAGAUAUUCGCGUUUCGCAAGACCCAAGAUGGAUUCUGUUGCAUCUUCAAUUACGCGACUAAAGGGGAUGAUACGCUGCUGAACCCCGAGGUGGAUCAUAGAACGGAACCGAUUAAAGUGGAGAACCUGACCGAAGACGGUGGACUAUCCGUGCUGAUGGAACCAUUUUUGGACGAUUAUUUUUAUUCCAUACUGCCUACUUCUGGCUGGAAGGUGACGAUCUUCAGUCCGUACGAUUAUCCGGAUAUGAUCAGCGGGGGUGUCAUCGAUAUUCUCGUCUCUCCGCGAACACGCAAAAGCGUGGAAAUAGAGGCGAUCAUGUUUUACAGCACAAGGAGUAUUAUACCGUAUCCGUUCGACAAACGAGAUUGCGUGUUCGAGGACGAAAUGACCUGGUUACGACCAUUCUACACUUACAGCGACUGCAUCGUUGAUUGUAGAAUCGAAGACGUAUGGAAAAUCUGCAAGUGCAUACCCUUCUACUUGCCUAAUCGAAAAUCUAGAAGGGUCUGUAACAUAGAGGACGUGCCGUGUUUGACCCUCCACAAAUCCAAAUGGUUUUCCGUGGUGCCCAAUGAGAACGUGUACGAAGGAACGAACCACGAUACAGAAACCAUCAUGCACUGUUACACCUGUUAUCCAGAAUGUAAUGAUAUCACAUACAAUGCGAAAUUGACUGAAUCUGAUUUAGUUGUGUCUGACCAACAAUCAGCUAAACUACUGAACGACGUGGAGAUCAAGGAUCAAGGCGUGCUGACGAUAUAUUUUAAUAACUUCGGCACCAUGAGGCUGAGGCAAGACGUGAUUUAUCGAUGGUACGAGCUGUUGGGCGAUGCAAGCGGUAUUUGGGGCAUUUUCGUCGGUUUCAGCCUGAUUGCGAUCGUGGAGUUUGUCUACUUCAUCGGGCUUUUCGUGCUCGAGUUGUUGAAGGGGCCUGUUUCGUUCGACAGAAACAAAAAACAAGUCAAGCAUUGGGAAUCGCCCAUACAGUCGAUUUAUUGGGGCGAAUUGUAUUCUAACGUGAAACCAAAAACGAGCAACGAUAGACAUCGCAACAAAUACUAACGCACGUUUCAAUCAUUACCAGGAAUUCUUUUCUUCUUCUUCAGAGAUACAUGAUCUAGAUUUUAGAUAACUGUUUCCUUCAAAAUGACACGGAACGAUUCAAUGAUGUAGACGAACAAAUUCCUCCGUAUUUUUCUCUUUCGUUUACGAGAAGAGUCAGGAAGAAAAAGACUCUAUCCCCAGAGAAAUUAGCGAUCCUUUGCGUUUCUUUCCCGCAGGAUUUAGCGAAAGAAGAUUCAGCAAUCUUGGAGGGGAUCCAUAUUGCAACGAGGGCUUGCGAGCUUUCUAACGAGGCUUUGCCACAGGUUAGCUUAAAGCAUUAAAGAGGAUCUCGCUAAACGUCGCGAGGUAUCACUGGGAAAGGAUACUUAAAGUAAUUCCCAACUGAACGUGUACUUUUCAAGCGUGUAAAGUAAGGAAACUGAAGGUGAUUAUUUUUUAAUUGAUCGAAAUUACAAUUAUACUCUGACAGAAAGGAAAAUGUUUAUCGAACAGUGGAAAUAUCCGCUAUUGUUGCAUUUCAAUUGCACGGUUAAUUGAAAUAUAUUCAGGGAAUUGGAUAUUGUUGGAAAUAUUAUAUUACAGUUCGCUACGUUGAAAUCGCAGAAACGUAGGUUUACAAUAACGAACCGAAUCAGAACAUCGAGAGAGAAUUAUCGCGGAAAAUGAAGUUUUAUUUCAUUGACUAAGGAACUUUUAAUUAAUUUAUUCAUGUACUGUAAUUUAUCACUUUUUAUAGGAAAACAAAUUUCUUGAAAAACAUUAAGUAUCUAUAAUUGAUCGUAUCCUUUACAAAUUGGAGGAGACAAUUAUUUGUACUCUUCUAUCGACGACAAGUCCUACGUAACUUUCGACCGGUAUUAUCUGUCCAGUAUUGUUAUGAAACUCGAACAUUCGAACGUGCUUGAGGUUUCGAGAGGAUCGACUCGUGCUUGAGAUACGGACAAAGAUGAAAUUCAGUGUGAACCAGCGAUCUGUACGAGUGAAUUAUUGACCGGCUCAAAAGCUCGAGAGCUUUGGUAAAUGGAUAUUGAUAUCACUUAAUUGUUGGCCGGCUGUUGAAAUAGAUUUCCUCUUGA